UCUGGCUCGCACCGCCGACAUAUCCUCUGCCUCUCCCGACCAUGGAUACGAAGGAGCUGCCGCCCUUCUCUGUGCCCACAGAUAGCCGUGUGCGGAAGCAUACAUACAGGUCAACGAGGCUGAUAAUAGCUUGCAUCAUCGUUCAAGUCGUCAUCCUCAUCUAUCACCUUGCUGGUGCACCGAAGAGUAUCUCGAGUCUAUACAGCUCGUAUGCACCCGAACCAGACUUCUCGCACCUUGCUGAGCGCUGCGCCCAUAUCUCUCCCAUACCUACCAGUUCGUUCGUGCAUCGUCAGCAGGCACUCGCCCAAACACUGCAUGAACUGAAUGCUUCGGCAUACAUUGCUGAGCCAGGAGCAAGUGCUGCGUACUUUGCCAACCUCUCUGCGUCGCACUGGCAUCUCUCAGAACGACCUCUGCUCCUUAUCGUCUCACCGAAACUCGACUCGAACGAGCAGGUCCACGCUCAGAUCUCUAUCCUGACACCUGCAUUCGAAUCGACGCGCGCGAAGCUUCUCUCAAUCCCUAGUAACGGCGAGAUUACCUAUCCCUCUUGGCCCGAAGAGGUCAACCCAUACGAAGUCGCAGUCUCCGCUGUGCCGCAGCUGAAGGAAGGCACAAUCUAUGUGGAUGGAAUGCUACGCAGUUUCGUCCUGGACGGGUUGCAGAAGGCCGCUGCCCGAUCGAAUGUCCUCACAGCGCCUGUGGAGAUCCGAAGACUACGGGAGAGGAAGAGCGCAGAGGAGCUCGAGAUUUUGAAGUGCGUGAACGAGGCCACCGUCUUGGCAAUCCGUGCUGUGAGGGAGAAUGUCAAGAUAGGCGUACGGGAGUCGGAGGUCAGUCACCUUAUGUCUGCGGCUCUAAGCGCCGCAGGACUCAGCAAUGGUGGCUGCCUUACCUUGUUUGGCGAGAAUGCCGCCUUGCCGCAUGGGAGCGGGACCGACCGCGUCCUUGGUGCGCACGACUUCGUACUCGUCGACUGCGAUGCUGGGCUGCACGGCUACCGCAGCGACGUGACCAGGACGUAUGCUCUACCGCAGUCGACGAUCCAUGCUACUCAUCUGAGAAUAUGGCAACUGGUGCAUUCAGCACAAGCUAAUGCACUCGCGGCAGCACAGAAUGGUACUGUCACCGCUGAGGUAGACGCAGCUGCCCGCGACACGUUCGCAGCGCAGGGAUACGCCCAGUAUUUCACACACAGACUGGGACACGGUAUUGGGUUGGAGACCCAUGAGUCGCCCUACCUUCGCGGCGGCUCCGAGGACGUGAUCCUCACCGGACACACCUUCUCGGACGAGCCUGGUGUCUAUAUUGAAGGCCAGGUCGGGAUCCGGUUGGAGGACUGCUUCUACGUGCACGAGAACGGCACUGCUGUCUUCCUCACUGCAGGCGUCGGUGGCGCGGCAAGGGGUCCUUGGGAUCCUUGAGACCCUUGGUUGGAAGGUGCAUUCAGCUGAUUGACGGGCCGGUCAUUGUAUUGUAUUUACGACAUUGGAUGCUGUGUGGGAUGGUUCUCAUUUACCAUGUAACGUGCGUGGGAAGCUCGCAAGUAUUGAGGAACAUCGCGGCUGUGGCUGAAGCUCCGGUG